GGGCUAUUGGAUCUGCCGGAGCUGUAGAACUGCCGUCACCAGCAUUGUUUGCAGCGUGUAUCCGGGCUUUCUCUUCAUCUGUUAAUAUGAUUGCUAAGCUUUGGCCUGGAAGAGUAUCAGGGUAAGGGGCAUAAUAGCCUCCUCCGUUGUUAAUCUCGCUUGGCGUGGGCCCUAUGACAAUCCCACUGCAACAUAAGCACCCCCAGACUCGGCCUGCUUCAGGAGUCGGAUCGUCGAGUGGAAGAGGUGGCUGAUUUGCACAAAAGAAACAAACUUUUACGGGUCCAAGUUCAGCGACUCUGUAGAUAUUAAGCGCAGUGGCCCUCUCUACGAGUUGGCAAUAUGCUUCUGUACGAUGCGCUCGACACAGUCGUCUAUCCAGGAGUUUGGCUGCACAUGCACAGCCAGAAAUAUUUUGGACAGGAAACAGGCCUCCGCGAAUGACUUGGGUUUCUCCAGGAUACAAGUUAGUUGUUAUAACCCUAGCAUCGUAUACCGUACAUGCACCUUCCCUCAUCAAGUUAUCAUAUACGUUCGCGCCCGUUCCAGUUAAGUGCUGCGAACCAUUCUUCAAGAGCUUUACCGUGCACCAUUUACACGCGAAAACUUUGAGUUUCGCGGCGACGGACGGCAAAUCCACUCUUUCCUCGGUCAAAAAGCUCCAUACAUGGGUCCUGCUCUCCCAGUCGCAUCUUGAACAUACAAAGCACCGACUUUGUGGGUGAUGUGAAGUACACUCGCAUAUUCCGUGAGUAUAUGUUCCGCAUCCGGGCGUAGAGCAAACUUUGGCAAUCGGUGCCAGUGCACCUUCUUGCCAUAUUCGAUGUUGAGGAAUGAACGCUAACGGGGAUCGUCCUCGCGUUGCGUAUGUUGGAUGGUCUGGCGAUGGAUUCGAGCCACCACCACCGAAGAGGAGACUGAAAG